GAGGGGAAGCUGAGGCAUUAAUCUUACAGUCUCAGUAUGAGCGAGGGACCGGGAGAGAAAUCAUCACCGACUUUAAUGAUGAAGUGGUGUUUAGUGAGGAAAUGACUCAAAAGACUUAUGACAGCUGAGGACGCAAAGAGCGCGCGCGCAUGACAGAGCCGUGAAAAGUUGUGAGGUGGACAUUAUCAUCCUCAGUAUCAUCAGCAUCGACACCAGCAUCAUCAUCACUAUUACUGUUACUACUAUUAUAUCUCCGAAAAUGCGGCGUCCUUCCGUUUUGCUCAUGUGCGUUUUUACCGUCGCCUGCGUUAAAGCAGUCCACGGCCAGGAGGAGAAGGAAAAGCGCUUUUUGUGCACUGUGAUCCCUGUUGAUAAAGACCCGAGUUGUCCUGUCCAGACGGAGUUUGUUCAGAGUGUCCAGGGUGAAGGUUUGAAGAAGACAGUGAUGCAGCUCCGGGAGACUGUUCUCCAGCAACAAGAGACAAUAACCCAGCAACUGGGUGCCAUCAAAGAGCUGACAUCCAAACUGUCUCAAUGUGAGAGCACCUCGGAGGAGUCUUCGUCGUGGAGGAACGGUAAAGACACGAUGGACGAUGUCCCGAGAGAUCCGAAUGAAACUCUGGACGCACUGGGCAAGACCAUGCAGAGCCUGAAGGACAGGCUUCAAAACCUAGAGCAACAGCAGUUGCGAGCCAGCCUUUCUGGAGCUCCAUUUCCCAGUGAACUGCGAGACAUGCUGCAACGUAGGCUGGGUGAUCUAGAGAGCCAACUACUGAGUAAAGUCAACGAGAUGGAGGAAGAGAAGUCACAGCUGUAUAACGAGACAUCUGUUCAUCGCCAGCGAACAGAAAACACCCUUAACACCCUCAUUAACAGAAUUUCUGAUCUGGAGAAAGCAGGUACAGGACUCAAGUCCCCUGAGGAUUUUAAACUCUCCCUACCACUGCGCACAAACUACCUUUUUGGUCGCGUGAAAAAGAGCCUGCCAGAAAUGUAUGCCUUUACUGUGUGCAUGUGGCUCAAGUCCAGUUCCAGCCCUGGCAUUGGGACCCCUUUUUCUUAUGGUGUCCCCGGGCAAGCAAACGAGAUUGUGUUGAUUGAAUGGGGCAACAAUCCAAUAGAGCUACUCAUCAAUGACAAGGUGGCACAGUUACCUCUGUCUCUGAAUGAUGGAAGAUGGCACCACAUCUGCAUUACCUGGACUACCAGAGAUGGUUUGUGGGAGACCUACCAGGAUGGCCAGAAAGUGGGAUCAGGAGAGAACCUGGCCCCAUGGCACCCCAUCAAACCUGAUGGAGUCCUUAUUCUGGGCCAGGAACAGGACGUGGUCGGGGGCCGCUUUGAUGCCACGCAAGCAUUCGUCGGGGAACUGGGUCACUUCAAUAUGUGGGAUCGGGUUCUCAGAUCUGUAGACAUCAGCGCCAUGGCCAACUGCUCCUCUUACAUCCCUGGGAAUGUGGUGGCCUGGGCUGACAGCAACAUUGAGGUGUUUGGUGGUGCCUCUAAAGGGCCACUUGAAUUAUGUGAAGACAGAAUCUUUAACAAUUAAAGAAAACUGUGGCCCAAAUCCUUGUCAUUGUACUUUGUGGUUUUGUUUCAUAAUGCAGUAUGUAUUUUUUUUUUUAAAUAAUUGUUUUGUAUUUUAUGUUACAGAAUAUGUAUAUGUGUUUUGAUAGGCUUAAUAUUAAGACUGUGUCAUUUAAGUGAGUUCAUUAAUGUUCUGUCUGGACUUUAGUAUGUUGAUGGUUUACUAAUAGACCUGUAUUAGGAAUAUCUUUUUGUUAUGAAUAAGAGAAGAUAUCCAGGGAUGGAAAAAAUUAACCAUAAUAACUGUAAGGUAGUUUCAUUUAAUUUUUUAUUUAUUUAUUUAGAACUUAUUUUAUUACCUUUUUAAACGAACUCAUAUGUCAUAAAUUGUAUUGUUCUGAGUCAGUCAACUCAUUACACAGUGGAAACACUAUUUUUAAAAGAAGUUCUCGUUUUAGCUUUCUGUCUGUUUUAUCCAGGCAACAAAAUACUGUCAUAAAUCAGCACAGACAAAGUGAUUGACUCUUGUUGUAUACAUUUUUGUGACAUUUUAAAUGAAUGGUACAAUGGAAACUAAUUUUUUAAAGGGAAUCUUGUGUUUAUUGUUCAGGUUUGGCUCUGUAGCUUUGUGUUUGUACCAUGAUUUAUGAUUCUCUUUGCAUUGUGAGAAAGGCCUUUGUUGUAAAAUUUUGUGCCAAUGCUUAUAUUGCUGUUUACCGAUGAGAAAAUAUAUGAAAUA